AUGCCCGUCAACAUAAGUGUCAACGAGGUCCUGGAAGCCAUUGAGACGGACAAAUCGAAAGUCCUGGGCAUCUCUUUCGCGGGCAAACUAAUCUCUACUGGGGAUUAUAUCCCGCGUACUGACUCAUCCGCCACAGAAGCCCAGUCGCCACCCAAGAUUUCCUUCCCCGCCGCCUCUGCGACAGCGACAUACGUCGUCGUCGCCCUCGACCUAGACGCCCCCUUUCCUUCCUUCGGAGUCCUAGGCCCCGCAAAUGCCAACGGUAUCCUAACGUCCUCCGAACCCUUUGUCGCCAACUACGUCGGCCCCGCGCCUUCGCCGGGGAGCUCGCCGCACCGGUACACAUUCUUCCUGUACGAGCAGCAGGCUGAUUUCGAUGGAAAGAAGCAUGCACCGCCCGGCGGGAAGCCUUUGCCUAACACUCGCCGCAUGAGGUUUGACCUAGAUGCUUGGGAGAAGACUACGGGAUUGGGAAAGCCGCUCGCUGUUAAUUAUUUCAAGAGUAAGAGGCUUCCAACUACUCUUAUAAAGCCCUAG